AAGCCAACUGUAAUCUCAAGUCGUUACAUUUCCAAGUUAACAAAUACACAAAUUUGUGUGUAUAAAACAUAAUCAGUGAAUUAAAAGUUGUGGAUUUUCUCUACUGUAAUUUUUAAUAAAAACGCUUUGAGCAAAGUGCAAAGAGAAUUAUUAGAAAAUGGUGAGCAGUUUGAAACCGGAAUGCUCCUUUUCUUCAUGGUAUCCGAUAUUUGAAAAGGUUUCUUUGAAAGCCACGAUUCUUCAUAUUCCUGACGAGAUUUUGAAAUAUUUGGAGCAUGACGCAUUUGUUCUGCCAGUAGAAGCGACACAAAGAUUACCAGAGAAUUCCGAGUGGGCCGACGGUUCACUGGUGAUCGAUGAGGAAAAGGAAGCGGAGUAUCAACCAACGUUUCCGGAAUUCAGUAAAAAAAUACAAGAUGUGUUAGAUGAGUACGAUGCAGUAUUUGUCAAAACCAAUUGGAGCUCACCUGUGGAUGCAACAUGGGUUGCGCCAACAAAGACUCUCCGAUGUAAAACAUUAGAAGAAAUCUAUUUACUAUUGAAAAGCUCCGAUAGAAUCGCCAAAGAUUUGACCACGGUGAAAUCCUUAAAAGAAAGUGAACAUUCUUUGAAGUCUUGUCUAGUAUUGAAACAAUGGCGAGAUAUCAAUCCUUUCACAGAAUUUCGCUGCUUUGUUAUGAACAAUGAGCUUAUUGCUAUAAGUCAGAGGGAUAUAUCGCAAUACCACAGUUCCAACGAGUCAGAAAAAUAUAGUAUACAGACAGACAUCAAGAGCUUGUUUUCGGAGUACAUCAAAGGCAGAUUUCCGUUAAGUAAUUAUUCCUUCGAUGUCGUGCGACGUAAAAAAGAUAGAGUGAAGAUCGUUGAUUUUGGUCCGAUAGACGAGUCGUCCACGAAGGAUACGCUCUUCACGUAUGAGGAAUUACAAAAUCAUAUCGAUGAAACGCCCGAGUUUCGAUUUAUUGCGGAGGAAAUCGGCAUUCAACCGAAGCCCCCUACGCACGUCUGCGUUCCGCAAGAGAUCAGCGAAUUUCUUCAAUCGAGUGAUAACGUCUCAUUGUUGGACGCUAUUCGAAGAGAGGUGGAAAGUCAACGGAAAGAGCAUGAGAAAGAAAAUGCCGACGGUUUAGAAAGUACGUGAUGUAUAUACAACGAUAAUAAACAGUUUUUCUUACAUAUGAACAGUCGGUUAUAACUUUGUUACAUAUACAAGGAAUGCGGAACUUAGAGAGAAGAGAAAUGUAAGUUCUCGAUUACACAUUAUACCUUUCUCAAGGAGAAACGAGACUAAGAUCUAUACUGUACGAAUUAGUAAAUAUAUACGAUUAUACACAACAAAUGAAUUCCCCUACUUGUUCACUUCUAUAUAUUACAUUUUAGCCCGUUUAAGUCCUAAGCUUUGAGAUCAUUCGGUUACAUUAGUGCUAAAAGAAACAAUCGAACUUGCUCGAAUUAUUUUUCAGAACGUCUGCUGCACAAUUUCUCUCUAUUUCGUUACGACAUACGUUACAGGAGAUUCUAAGUUACCUGUAUGCAACAUAGACCACAAUUUGUCAGUUAACUUAAACUCGAUUACUCUCUUACUCACGUUUUGGAACGCGACGCAUUUGUGUUUCUGUGUAUGUAUGUGUGUGUAUGUUAAUGAAUGUACACCGACAAGAUGUUUAAAUACAGAACUUUCACUUUUA